UCAGGUAAAGUUUCUGCGGCAUCUAUAUCUACUGAAUUUAGCAUUAGGCGGCCAAGCAGCUCUUUGCUGUUUGCAUAACCACCCUGCUCGUAAUUAUUGUUAUUGUUGAUUUCUUUGACCGCUCAUUUUGAGAACAGCUAAAAUUUCAAUGAUAUAUACUGGCUGGGAUAGUAUGGUGGAGUUUACUUCAGAGUAAGUGUGUUUGGCACUAGGCCAAUGGCCCAAUGACGAAAUUAGUUGACUGGUUGGCUAAUAUGAAGUAGUGCACACAUUCAGGCACUCAUCCAGCCUUUAUUCUAUUCUCCCUUGUUUAUCCCGAGUACCUUGAAAUUGCGAAGAGGCGGAACACCCUACCUGGUAGAUUUGCCUUAUCCGCCUCUGAUUCAUCCCCUUGGAUUGACUGUUGAUAGGAAGAUGCCCUAUUUCAGAAAAUUCGACAUCAAGCAAUAUGUGUUCUAUCGAUGUGUUAGAUUUGCUAGUACAUAUGGAAGCAUUUCUUACUAGAGUCGUAUGUUUGAGGGAAAUUCCUUUGCUAUUUGAUUGAUUUUGUCAACAUCCAGUGGUCAAACAUAUGUAAAUUCCCCUAGGAACCUCAAGUACUUCUGAAAUCUCUGAUGCCAUGACAUGAUCACUGCAUGCUUCGAAUGUUCAAGCCAAACUUGAAAUUUCUGAUGUUUGUGCAUGAUCUUUUAAUUGUAUGUCGAAUGUCCCCAAAGAGACAAUCUUUUGAUUGUAUAAAGUAGCAACUAAUUGGCAAAACUUCUUGUUGUUGAUUAACGCUACAUCAUUAAGCUUCCAUUUCAUGACAAUAUAUUAGCCUAAUCAUUCAACUGCGUUUUCUCACAACAUGACACUUAUAAGUCACUCUGCUUUGGGACCUGUUGCAGGGCUCUGGCUAACGUGAGUGCAGCAAACAGGGAUCUCCAUCGCUGACAGAUGGCGGUGAUUCGGAUGAAGAGCAGGCUCCUCCUCUUCCUAUUAUACCCCUGGUUUAGAUUCUAGGAAUCCAGUUCUUUGCUAUCUCUUACAUAGACUAUACAACUCUAGAACAAGAGAAUGCUUCAAGAUCUACCCGAUGAAUCUCAGUAUACUAUUUUCUUUUCCCGCCUGCUCUUGAAGACAUUUCUCUUGUUUCUGGAUAGAAAAGAUACAAACUUUAUAGACUUGGUCAUUCAAUUCUGGAACUGGAUCCAUAUAGCAUUGUCAAUGGGAAUAAAAUAAACUAUGCUUCAUCAUCAUAAAUUCCAUAUACAGCUUGUUCUGAAUCAGAAGUUCAAAUUUUCCGCUUGCUUGUCAGGUACGGUUAAAUUUUCAUUGUAAUGUUCCGCAGUAAUGGCAACUCCGAGAAGUUCAAGCUUCAAACAUUGCGGCCCUUAAUAAAUGGCUCACUUAUCUCUUUGGCCUGGAAGAUAGCGAUUUGGGUAGUCAAAUUUCUCAUGUUGCAGUCUCAUGAUCCUCUCGUCUUGCAAACCUGCUUUUCUACGUCGCCUCACGAGCUCUUGUUUGCCUGCUCUACAAUGUUUUGCCUCCGGAACUAUCUUCAUCCGCAGUUCAAUUCACGGUCUCCGAUAUGGAGCUGGUUCCAGUUCCAGAGACGACCAUCAAGCCUCCAAUCACGAGCUUGCUUUGGUCUCUGCUCUGAAGUUAUGUUGUAUCAAUUUGGAUGUUUCUCGAGGCAGGGGAAUCCAUGGCCUGGUUAUGAAAUCCGGCUUGGAGUCUAACAACUUCGUGGAGAACAGCUUGAUCAACAUGUACGCCAAGUGUGGGUGCUUGGGCGAUGCGCAAUCAAUGUUUGAUUCGUGUGCGAAACUGGAUCCUGUCUCCUAUAACAUUAUGAUAGCAGGGUAUGUGAAAUCUGGGGAAUUGAAUGAAGCCCGCAAGCUGUUUGAUAUAAUGCCUAAAAGAGGCUGCGUUUCAUAUACGACCAUGAUCAUGGGUUUUGCACAAAGCGGCUUCUUUUGGGAGGCAUUUGAGGUUUACAAACAGAUGAGAAGUGCUGGGGUGCUCCCGAAUGAAGUGACGAUGGCAAGCUUGAUAUCCGCUUGUUCGAGCUUGGGCGGGAUCAAAGUCUGUAGAAUGCUUCACGGGCUGGUCAUCAAGAUGAUAUUCGAUCAGCUGGUCCUUGUUUCCACUAAUUUGCUACGCAUGUAUUGCCUGUGUUCCAGUUUAACAGAUGCCCGAGCAUUGUUCGAUGAACUGCCAGUGAGAAACAUCUUCACAUGGAACGUAAUGCUGAAUGGAUAUGCUAAAGCUGGAGUUAUUCAUCUGGCUCGAGACGUGUUCGAUAAUGUUCCAGAGAAGGAUGUUGUAUCUUGGGGUACCAUCAUUGACGGUUAUAUACGAGUACAGAUGUUGAGUGAUGCUCUUUCGAUGUACCGAUCCAUGGUAUCCUCUGGUGUAGAAGCUAGUGAUGUUAUGAUGGUCGACCUGGUUUCUGCUUGCAGGAAAGCACUAGCAAUCAGCGAGGGCCAGCAGCUACACGCGAUCCUCGUGAAGAAAGGUUUCGACUGCAACGAUUUUAUCCAGGCAACAGUAACCCAUCUCUAUGCAGCUUGUGGCAGAAUCAAGGAAGCUUGUUUGCAGUUUGAUCAAGGAAUUAAGAAAAACGUCGCGUUAUGGAAUGCUCUCUUGUCAGGUUUCGUGAGAGUCCAGAUGAUUGACCAAGCAGCUAAGUUAUUCAAUGAAAUGCCAGAAAGAGAUGUUUUCACUUGGAGCACAAUGAUCUCUGGUUAUGCACAGAGCGAGCAGCCAACCAUGGCAUUGGAGUUAUUCCAUAACAUGGUUGCAGCUGGUAUCCAACCUAAUGAGGUGACUAUGGUGAGUGUGUUCUCGGCAAUUGCUUCUUUAGGCACUAUGAAAGAAGGCAUCUGGGCUCAUCGAUACGUAGUCAAUAGCUAUAUACCUAUUAACGACAAUCUGAGUGCUGCAAUCAUAGACAUGUAUGCGAAAUGUGGGAGCAUACCCAAUGCGUUGGAAGUGUUCCAUCGAAUCCGUGACAAAGCAGCCACUGUCUCACCCUGGAACGCCAUCAUAUGUGCUCUUGCCAUGCAUGGUCAUGCGAAUCUCUCUCUCGAGAUAUUUUACGACUUGCAAAUGCGAGGCAUCCAGCUCAAUGCAAUUACAUUCAUUGGGGUUCUCAGCGCCUGCUGCCAUACUGGGAUGAUGGAGCUUGGGAAGAGAUACUUCGAGAGUAUGAAAUCAGCCCAUAAUGUGAGCCCCGAUAUCAAGCAUUAUGGCUGUAUGGUGGAUCUUCUGGGGAGAUCCGGGCAGCUCGAAGAAGCAGAGAAACUGAUUAGGAGCAUGCCAAUGGAAGCCGAUGUGGUGAUAUGGGGCACGCUGUUGGCUGCUUGUAGGACUCAUGGCAACGUGGAUGUAGGAGAAUGGGCUGCGGGGAAUCUGGCGAGGCUUGAACCAUCCCAUGGCGCCAGUAGAGUUCUUCUGUCUAAUCUGUAUGCAGAUGCAGGGAAGUGGGAAGAUGCGUUUUCGGUUAGGCAAGCUAUGCAAAGCAGUAGAAUGCUGAGAUUGCCUGGCUACAGUGGUGUUGUUUGAUUGCUUUGCUUCUUGUAAUUGAUACCUCUCCUGCCUCUAAUUAUAGUCCACAGAAACAGAUUUCUGCACACAGCUAUAGUCAUGUACGAAUCCGCAUGAAUGGAGAGAUGCUGUUGUAAGAUUUUAUCAGUUCAAUAAACACCUUGGAUUUGACUUGCAGGUCGUUUGGCUUGGUUGGAUUUAUCUGGGAAAUCAAAUUUUGCAAUAACA